AUGAAGCCUCUCAUAGUUGCGCUGCUCGUGCUGGGUGUGGCUGCAGCGUCCCAGGCCAAGGACAACAGCGGAGACGCAGCCAGGGUCUUCGCCAGGUACAGCGUGACGACGGUCAUCUCCUUCAGCACCUCCGUCACCACCGUCCCCUACACCUGCGGCAACAACUACAACACGGCGGUGUGUCAGAGGAGGCGCCUGAGGAGGAUCAGGAGCCCGGUCGAUUUGAACGCGGGGAAGGAUGAACGGGCGAGCGUGCCGUUGGAGAGCACUCUUGAGGAAACCCUUGAGGACGACUCCGCUCCCGACGCCCUCGACAAGCAGCGCCUCGGCCUCACGGUCUGGGUAACCACGUCCUCGACCUACACCGUCACGUCGACCUCCACCAACAGCUCGACGACCUUCUCGCUGUCAUAUUACUGCUCGAUCGUUGGCGCCAACCUUGCACCCGCGUGCCGUUAGGUUAGGCGCACGGAUGGCGACCUUCUUUUGUUUCCGUUUGGUAUUUUCACGUUGCCGUUUUCUAUGUGUAUCUCUGUAACUCAAAUAUUUUUAUUCGCCUUAUUUUGAUACUUCCUAAUCAUUCAUUUAUUCUAUUUAUGUCUUUUAUCUAUUCGUUUCGCUUAUUUAUGAAUUCGCUUCACAUGAAUCAGUUGAUUUGUAUAUUAAUUUGUUAACCUAUUCAUAUUUUUAUUCAUUCUGAAAUCGAGGUUUUAGAUGAGAAGAGCGUUAAGCCAGUACGAUUACUACAUUGUUUUGCAUAGUACAGUAGUUCCCAAAUUUUUGCCAGUGCCGUGUCCAGUGUAGCCUUUACAUUUACUGUGGAGCCUGCGUAGCCUAAUGUGUUUUUUUCUUGCCUUCCUGGCUAUACACUGAAAAGUAUACAUUGUGUAAUAUACAGCACUGAAAUGGUUUACGUAACUGUCUUAAAAAAAAACAUCAAGCUUUUAAAAGAUCAUGAACAGAGGUGCUUAGAAUAUAGAUGACAUUUUCUGCGUAUACUCAAAUUUUGGGGAAGCUCUGGUACCCUAGUGUUUUAUUGUCAUCUCUUUUUUUUUUUUGUUUCUAUCACAGAUAUUUUUGUCUUUGUUCUUUCUGUUGAUAAUGUUAUUCUUAUUGAUACUGUUGUGACUAUCUUGUUGAUAAUGCUUUUGGUACUGUCCUAUGGUUGUUAAAGGUAUUAUUGGCAGUGUCAUACACCUUCCUUGUUUUUUCUACCAUUGUUAUGAUUCUUAUAAUGAGUCUCAUUGUUAUUGUUAUUUAAAACUUGUAUUUUGAGUUAUUUCUAUACACGCAUUAUUGUUUUUGUUUCUGAUAUAUUUUCAAAGGAGUCCCACAUUUACAAAUAUA